UUGCGCUCGUGAUCGACCCCAGCGAGGUUGUAUAAUCUCAUCGGAGCUUUAAAAAACUGAAGUUUUCAUCAUACUGUUUAAACUGAACUGUGUGUAAUGAUAUGUGAAUUAGACUGGAAAUACCCGUAGCUAAAUUUAAAUAUUGCAUUUUACUAUCAGGUUAAAUGGCGGUAUGUUACUCAGACGAUAAACAAACACAGUUAGACAAACGGCGAUAUGGAAGGUUCAAACGAGUCAGUAUCUUGGAAUUCUACAGUUCAGCACUUUAAUUCUUAUCACGUAGACAUCUCUCUAAUUGAUGAUAUAAUACGGACGUUACGGCGACACAGGUGUAUAGUACUGGAUGGUUGUCAAGGCAGUGGGAAGACGCAUUGUGCAGUUUUUGCCAUACAUAAGUUUGCUAACGCAGAAAAAAUAGCUUUCAUUACUUAUCCUUCACAGUGGGAAAAUCAUCUUGAACAAUCUCACAUAAUCCUUGAUAAUGUGGAUCUUUCUUGUCAAAAGUGGAAAAACGUUGUUCAAGAUACUUGUGAUCCAUCCAAGAAAAGAUUUGUUAUCGUAACCUUGAACUCAAAAUCAAGUCAUGCAACGAAAAAUGUUGAGUUACACAGAUAUCAACUGCAGUGGAGCAUUUCUGACCGAAAAAAACUAUGGUUGCGAUACAAUGCUGAGAGUCCAUUCCAUGAUCUUCACGAUGAAAGAAUGGGAUUUCCGUUGUACUGCACAUUGCUUUUGAGAUGGGGUGUAGUGUACAAGACUGAAUUCAACCCAGAGCAAUACUUUGAGCUAGUAAUACAGGGAAUCAUCAGAGACAACUUUGAAGAGUUCUGUAGAAUAUGUGCUGUGGCUAUGGCAGUUGGAGAAAGUGAUACUCUUGGUCUAAAACCCCAGGAUAGCAAACAUGUAAGGAAUAACAUUCUCUGCCUGAGGAACAUGCGAAAAAUUCCAGGAGAUUCCAUUCAAAGUGACUCGAUAUUUCAAUCAGAGGAAGAAAUUAUCAAACAUUUGAAAUGGAUGUCAUUAUCAUCAGAGAAUAAUCUACGAUUGCCAGCUCUGAAAUGGCUCCUUUUCCACGACCCUGGAUUGUUACUAGAUUCUAUCAGUGUAUCUGCCUUGGUGACAUUUGCGAAACUAGGAGAGGGCAUUAAACAUGAAAGACGGUUGAUAAUAGAUCAAAGCUAUUAUCCCGCCAUCGUACAGAGGAUUGCGUGUGGAUUAUGUGAUAUCGAUCAAGAUAUACUCGACAAAUCUCCAUUGCUCAAAGAUUCUGAAUUUUUAUCAAUGCUUUUUACACAGUUGUACAUUAUGUCAUCUUCCUUGAAACCAUGUGACCAACCUAACGUCAGGUUUGAGCGGGAAUCCUUGACUUUCGGGCUGAUCUCAAAUUCAAAUGGCUUUGAAAAGUUUUUCAGAAGCUUUUUGACUUGGAAAAACGAUAAAGAAAUGUUGAAACUAAAAUCAACUCUGCAAUUCUAUCUCGAAAGGAGUAAAGUUGACGAGUUUCCAAGUAUAUUUACAUCCAAACUAGAUAGCUAUAAAGACUGGAAGGACAUUGAAUCGAAAUUGUUCGCAGUUGAAAAUUGGGAUUUUGCUGAUAAAAUCUGUCUGUGUUUUGCAUCACAAAACUUUCCAAGAUAUGACUACCAUGUUUCUUUGAUAAGAAAACUUAUUGGAAAAUUGUCAGAAGUGGAAAAAUCUUCGUUAGAUGAAGGAGUUGAUGUGGUUGAAGAUGACGUGAUGUGGUCUUUUCCAUUGAUCAUGGCGCGCGGAAUAGUUUCAAAAUGCAAUUUGGACCUACUCUCACAUGAACAUUAUUAUUGCGAAAAGGCUAUAGAACACACAGAAUUUGAGAAAAAGCUUAAGAAUGAUUCACCAUUAUGUAUCGUCUGCUUUACGAAUUCAGAAACCAGACGUACAACAUCUGAGGAUGUUAAAAAGCUACGAAGAUCAUUACCCGAUUUAUCCAAAUAUGGUAUUUCUCUCAUUGUCUUGUUGGUGACUGACCCUAAAUGCAAGAUGUUGAGCGAAGAAUUAUCCGUUAAAAAUGUUGAAAUAAUACAAGUGGCCAAUAGAAGAGAAGAUGUGCGUGAGGCUGUGACGUCACUUUUAGAAGAAAAGUUGCUAUGCUUUAUUGAAAAGUUAACGAAAACUCGUAAAACUUUGACAAGAAACAGAUCGUUAUCGGUUCAAAAGGAUGCAAUAUGCAAAAGACUUAACAGACGCAAAUACAUGCCCAGAAAAAGGAAAGCCGCGUCUCAACCAAGUAAAGUCAUACCCAAAAUGAUGAGGUUGAUCUUGGAUGAAUACAAGCAAUCCAUAAUUAGUUAUGGGUUUUGGUCAGACAAAUUCCAGAUACACAUUAAAGAAGAAACCAAGAGAGAAACAAUUGACAGUAUUGGAAAGGAAUUGGAAAAGCUGCAAAAUACUGGGGAAUUUACGUGGGAAACUGAAUUACUCUCCGCUGUUGGUGAAUUGAAGGUAGAGCCACAUUCCUUUGUUAAACAGGGAGAUGAGUGUUUUUCAUACCACAGCGAGCAGAGCAGCGAGAAUGCAGCAACGAACAUGAAAGAAAAACACCAAGGCACAGUUGGUGGAUUUGCUCAUCUUAAGAAAAGUGGUGAAGAACGGAAGGACGAACUAGUUCUGUUUAGUUGUGACCACUUAUAUAAUCCAACUCAAUCAAUGUAUGUUAAAUUUGACCAACAUCUUCGGCUGGUCGGCAAUUGUACCAGGAAUUUUAAGCCUAGAGAUCUCUCCCUUGUGGUUAUAAAUCGUAAACUCUAUGAAAAUUUCGAUAGAGAUUUUAGAAAUUCUGAAGAUGAAGUGUCUUCCGCGGAAAUUUAUAACUGUGAUGCUGACGAAUUGACCGGAGAAAUGGUUCAUAAAAAAGGUUCCAAAACUGGUUGGACAAGCGGGAUUGUAAAACAUGUCAGACAUUUCAAUGACCACACUAGAAAUGUACCAUAUACAGUACUACUUAUUGAAGGAAUAGACACUCCUUUCUCUGUGCGUGGAGAUAGUGCUGCCUAUGUUAUAAGAAAUGGUGAUGAUCCGGACUUACAAAUAAUAGAGAUAAUCGGUGUGCUUCGAGGAAAAUGGGUUCCACCUCCUCAGGAGAAAACAUUGACAUUAUAUGGAAGUAAAAUACCGAAAGAAACAGAAAGUUUGCUAUACGAAAGAGAGAAAAAAGAAGAGUCCGAUUUGAUUGUCUGCGAAGAUCUAAAAUCCCUCUUUGAUCUUUUAGGGCAAGAGAAUUUUGAAGUUAUCUUUCGUUGAAACGAUUAUUAUUUUUUGUUUUUGUUUUUUGAUGAUAUUUUUAUCAUCUAUUGUCAAAGAAUUUGAAUUUUAUUAUGAUAGUGAAUAUGCUUGUAUAGUUAACAAUUCAAUCAUAGUGUUUUUAGUUAAGUUGCUUAACCUGCACUCAUAUUUUAAUGAACAUUGAAUUGAUCACUGCUCGUUAUCUUCGUUAUCUUCACCUUUUAUAUAAAACAAAGUGUUACAGUAUUUUAUAACUUCAAUAGAUUUAUAACACGACUUUGUUAAACACCACUCUGAUUCUACUCACAAGAACUCUAAAAUUGAUACUAAAGAUGUUGGAGUUCCUCAAUUACAAACUUUAGGUAGUUUAUGGUGAUUAGGUCUUCAGACAGUCUAUUGGAAUUUCAUGAACACAAAUUGUGCACCAUUAUUAGCUGACUUGUGUUUGUAUUUUUAUGAGGUAGAAUCUAUUCAAAAGUUUCUACAUGAAAAGAAAAUAUCAUGCUGUGGCCUUCAACUCGACAAUUGGAUCAAUCCACGUUUUAUUUAAUAUAAUUGUUUUGAUUGAUUUUAUAGUGUUUAACUUCCCACUCGUGAAUGUUUCAUUCAUAUCGAGACGUUACCACUGCCGGCGCUUAUGGCCAAUGAGCAGGGAGGGAUCUUUAUCGUGUCACACCUGUUGUGACACGGGACCUCGGUUUUUGCGGUCGUAUCCGAAGGACCGCCCCAUUUAGUCGCCUCUUACGACAAGCAAGGGGGCACUGAGGACCUAUUCUAACCCGGAUCCCCUUGGGAUGAUUUCAUUGAUUCAAAUGAGAUGCGCAAUAAAUCUUCUAAGGAGAGCAACAAUAUAAUUAGGAAUUUACAUUCAUGUCAAUUUUAAUAUGUCCCAGUAAACUCGAAAUAAAAGACACCACAGAAUCUUCCAUAUCUGCUUUAUUUUCGAUAUCUUAUUGAAUAUUAAUGUCCACGGCAAAAUAACAACUUAACUUUAUGAAAAAUGAGAUGUUUUCAGCUUCUUCGUCAACUUCCCGGAUUCAUGUAGCAAUAUUCCAUUAUCACCUGCUUAUGGUGUAAUGGUGUUUAUAUCUCUCAACUGAUUCGAUACGCAAGAGGCUGUUCUGCAAAUGAUCAAUUUUCAAAUCGCGGCAAGUUACUGACAAAUAAGUUGACGUUACAAGGUUUCAACGGUUUCGUUUAACGUCAGCAUUUCGCAAGUUCUAUGGUUGUUAUAAUUAUCUAAUUUGCAAAUAUUGCACAAGCUAUCGUUGAGUGGAAUGUUAUCUGACGUGUUUCAUUCCGAUUGUAAGGCCGUUCUUUACACUGAUUUUGACCACGGGUUACCCCGUUUACCUGAUCAAAAUAUAGAGCUCACAGCGUGUGUGGCCUGUGAACAAGGGAUCCUUACUCCUCCUGGGCACAUUAUCCUACCUCUGGUAUAUCUAGUGGUCCCUGCUUGUCCCUUUUUAAUUUUUUAUUCUUUCAAUAGGAUUUUUUAUAUUGCUCACUGUUCGUUCUCUUCACUUAUUCAUAACUCCUACAAGCAAUACAAAAUAGAUAGUUGGGCAAACACGGACUCCUGGACACACCAGAUGUGGGAUCAGGUGCCUAGGAAGAGUAAGCGUCCCCUGUCGACCGUCACACCCGCCGUGAGCCCUAUAUCCUGAUCAGGUAAAGUCAAAAUCAGUGUGUCAAGAACGGCCUAACAAUCAGUAUGAAACACUUCAUAUAGCAUUUGACCCAAUGAUAGGUUGUAUUGACGAACUAGAUCGUUAUAAGGACCAUAGAAUUUGCGAAAUGCUGACUUCAAUCGACAUUGUUGAAACCUCUGUACUGUCAACUUGUUUGUCAGUAGCUUGAUUCGAUAUAAUAAUUGACUAUACGCAGAACAAGCUCUUGCGUAUCGAAUCAGUUGAGAGAUAUAAACACCAUAUGCAGGUGAUAAUGGAAUAUUGCUACAUAAAUAUGGGAAGUUGACGAUGGAGAAGCUGAAAUAAUCCCAUUUGUCAUACAGUUGAGUUGUCAGUUUGCCGUUAAUGUCUACUUUCAAUAAAAUAUCUAAGUAUGAAGCAGAAGUGGAAUACUUUGAACUUUCGUAUUUCUGACUCCAAUACAGAAAUGCAACAUUCUCCUUAUAAAAGGUUGAAACUCUUCCGUUCUCAUUUCCUGUCUCAUUCAAAUACACAAUUACUUUCCUGAAUAUUUUACUCAUCACUAACCAUGGGUAACCAUGUUUGUUAGAAACCUUAUCCCACAGCAUUGUUGCUUAUAUCAUCCUGUGACAGAAAAAGAUCACGGUCUCCUUUGAAAUCUAGGCCACAUGUGUUAACAAAACAAAUUACCAAACCAUAUCGCUCUACAUAGCGUUUUAUUCUAUCUUUAUCAUCGAUACACAAGGUGUACACAACUAUUUUUACAAAUAGAGGGUAUUUACUACAAUAUACUUUUAAAUACUUAGAAAUACUAUAGAUACAUAUACGUAGAAUUUAAAAAACACUUUUACAUACUGAAUACAAAAAAAAUAUUCGUUAAUUUUAUUUUUAUACAACGAUAUAUUAUCAUGAAGCACAUCCACCCAUUGCAUUGUAAUAUACGAUGUGCAUGUUUAUCAGAUUAAAUUGAAUUUAAGCCCCACUGUACCUACCGAUAUAUUAAAAUUGUAAUAUCAUAGUUUCCAAACAAAUAUUCACUUGCUUCUACUUGUAUUUACAUUAAAAUUAAAUGCAGUCUUAAU